GCUUGGUCUACAUAGUGAGUUCCAGGACAGCUAGGGCUAUGCAGAGAGACUUUGUCUCCAAAGAAAGUGAGAGAGAAAGAGAGAUAGAGACAGACAGACAGAAGAAAAGAAAAGAGAAAAUCAUAUUUCCCCUCCCAGACUUAAUUACUAUGCCAUUAUAACAGUAACACUUGGGCUGUAACUCAGUGGUAGAGCACAUGCUUAGCACGCACAGCACCCUGGGUCCAACUUCCUGUCCCGUAAGUAAACAAGUAAAUAAAAUCAUAAUAGUAAUCAUUUACAUUUCAUAAUACUUUACGAUUUGAAACAUUUGGUAUACAUGCUUUAUUUCAGUUAACAUAAUAGCAGUAAUAGAACUGGGGUUGUAACUCAGUUGGGACAGUUGCCUAGCGUACAUGGAACCUUGGGUUCCAGUCCGAAGGCCCCAUUAACUACGUGCCCCUGUAACCCCAGCACUAGGGACUGGGAGGCAGGAGAACAAGAAGUUCAAGGUCAUCUUCAGCUACAUAGGGGAUUCCAGGCCAGCAAACCAAACAACAGUAGUAACACUCAUGGUUUCUGCAUGCUAGGCCCUAUUGUAAAUGCCUUACAUAAAUGUUACCAAUUGAAAGUUGGACAUAAUAGCAUGAGAAUAUAGUGGUUACCAUGGGGCUGGAGAGAUGCCCCAAUAGUUGAGAGCACCUGCUGCUCUAACAGAGGACCCACAUUCCAUUCCCAGCAGCCAUAUGGCAGCUCGCUACUGCCUAUAAAUCCAAAGUAGGAAAAUCCUUAGAGAGAGCAGGUAAGUGUUUCCACAGGCUGGGAGGGGCAGGGCCAGCAGCGUUUCUACCAUGGAUGUAAAAUUCCCUUUUAGGUCAUUCAGAAUGUUCUUGAACUAGAAGUACCGAUGGUUGCACAACAUCGUGAAUGUACGGAAUUCCACUGAAAUGUAUACUUCAAAAAUCAUUACAGUGGUGGCCACGCCUUUAAUCCCAGCACUCAGGAGUCAGAGACAAGUGGCGCUCUGAAGUUUUAGGCUAGCCUGGUCUACAUAGUGAGUUCCAGUCCAGCUAAGGCUACCUAGUGAGAAUCUCUCUGAAGAUAUAAAUAAAAUUAUUGAAGUGGGUACUGGGGAUGCGGCCCAGUGAUGGGCACUGGCUAGUGCACACCAAGCCUUGAGUUCAAUCCCCGGCAUCACAGAAAGGGAGGUGAAUGUUACAAUAAAACGAUUAAACUCAUCAGUUCUCUGCCAUGUGAAUUUAUAUUUGUUGGGGCUGCUGCAACAAAAUAUCAUCAAUCAGGUAGCUGGUAAACAGCAGAAGUUCACCACUUGUAGUGCUGGGGGCCGGGAAGGCUGAGGUCAGGUUGUCUGCACCUGUUUCCUCAGAGACAAGGGGCAUCUGGCUGGGAAGACUGCCCUCCUGAUCUCCUCAUCUCCUCCUGGACACUCCCACCUCUUCAGUCUGUCACCUCGGGGCUUAAGAGUCCAGCAGAUGAGAGGGGAUGCAAACAUUCAGACCACAGCAGAACUUUACCUCGGCGUGUAAAAGGCUUGUGGGGCUUCGGCUAUAGCUCAGAGGUAGAACACUUGACUAGUAGACUCGCAGCCCUGGAUUCAGUCCCCAGGACGACAAAAGAAAGCAAAACUCUUACAGGAGAAAAAAGUAAAGAAAGGAAAAGAAAAGAAAGGUAAGGGUAGGGAACAGUGCUCUGGGUUUCCUCAAGUGUGACGCGGUGACAUUAACAGCCGCCGAUCCCCAGAGUCGAGAUGAGUAACGUGUCAGUUAGUGUCACAUGAAACACUCAUCCCACAGCAGGUACCCAAACUAAAUGUCAAUUACCUUUUCUCCUACACAAAUGUCUAACCUGUUUGCCUACUUAAAAAAAAAAAAAAUGGCUCCAGCCAGACAGCCUGUCCUCACAUGGGGUUCACCCACUCUUGCUUCCUGCACCUGGCGGGCCAGGCCACCAGUGGAAACAUAUUGCCUCCUAUGUACAGGGCAACAUGGUCCUUGGGCCAUCGCUGCGGAUUCUGUGGACUCCGCCACUGAAUCAGAGGCUCCAAGGCCUGUUGGAAGAGGUCUAGGAGGUGGCAUUUUGAAGACUAGCUCUGGAGUGUGAGAGCAUCGGGUUAAAUCUCUCUACUGUCUCCUCAGGAGGCCUGCCCAGGGAAACACUGAUGUCCAGACCCCCCUCAACCUCUGCCUAAGGUUCUGGGUGUCUCUUAGCUCCACUUUGGGCUCUUCUGGGUGUGCUGUCACCCCUUGGACUAGGGGGCCCCAGAGACAGGUGCCCACCCUCUCUGUCCUUUGCCUUCCUAAACACAGAUCUUCUGGGUCUCCCUGGGUGUGGCUUGUCCUGGGAUAUGAGAGAGAAGAGAGAGAGAGAGAGAGAGAGAGAGAGAGAGAGAGAGAGAGAGAGAGAGAGAGUCUUCAGAAGUUGUAUUGUCUUCCUUUGUUUCCUUCCCUGUGUUCUUGGGAGCGCUCGGCCUCUUCCCCUGCCAUUCUGUUUCUGACUUUUCUAGAUAGUCCGGAAAUUCCAACGCUGUGUCCCACCAGCCUUUGCUUUCCUGCUCCUGUCUUACCCAGGAUGCACUAGGUGUGGGCUGGCCCCCACCCCACGCCGCAGUGACCAUGGAUCCUGGAGCUGGCUCUGACUCAUCUCUGACUGUGAAUGAGCAGGUCAUUGUGAUGUCAGGCCACGAGACCAUCCGAGUGUUGGAAGUCGGAGUGGACGCUCAGCUCCCGGCUGAGGAGGAGAGCAAAGGACUGGAGAGUGUGGCCGCUGACGGCCCCCAGAGUGGAGGCUCUACUGAAGCCAGUGAACCUGGUGGUGAAGCUGGGCCGCACGACCCAGACCGUUCUGCAGAAGCAACUGUGAAGUCUCUCCCCGGGAUCCCUCCAAGUCCUGCCCCAGCCAUCGCCACCUUCAGCCAAGCCCCAAGUCAGCCUCAAGCAUCACAGACCCUGACGCCGCUGGCUGUACAAGCUGCCCCCCAGGUCUUGACUCAGGAAAACUUAGCCACAGUUCUGACAGGAGUUGUGGUUCCGGCAGGGGCGGUUACUCAACCUCUUCUUAUCCCCAUCAGUAUUGCAGGUCAAGUGUCUGGGCAGCAGGGGCUGGCCGUGUGGACAAUCCCUACAGCAGCCGUGGCUGCCCUCCCCGGACUGGCCGCGGCUUCUCCUACCGGGGCGGUCUUCAAGCCGCCUUUACCUGGCCUCCAAGCUGCCGUGCUGAGCACCGCCCUCCCGACACCUGUACAAGCUGCCCCACCAGUCCCGGCCUCCUCGCCCGCCCAGCCCCGGCCACCAGCUCAGCCCCAGACGCUGUUCCAGACCCCGCCGCCGCUGCUACAGACCACGCCUGCCAUACUCCCGCAGCCCACCGCCGCCACUGCCGCCGCCGCCCCCACCCCAAAGCCAGUGGACGCCACCCCGCAGAUCACCGUCCAGCCAGCAGGCUUCGCGUUUAGCCCGGGGAUCAUCAGCGCUGCUUCCCUCGGGGGACAGACCCAGAUCCUGGGCUCCCUCACCACAGCUCCAGUCAUUACCAAUGCCAUUCCCAGCAUGCCGGGGAUCAGCAGUCAGAUCCUCACCAAUGCUCAGGGACAGGUUAUUGGCGCACUUCCAUGGGUAGUGAACUCGGCUAGUGUGGCCACACCAGCACCAGCACAGAGCCUGCAGGUCCAAGCCGUGACUCCCCAACUCUUGUUGAAUGCCCAGGGCCAGGUGAUCGCAACCCUAGCCAGCAGCCCCCUGCCUCAGCCUAUGGCUGUCCGGAAGCCAAAUACACCGGAGUCCCCUGCUAAGAGUGAGGUGCAGCCGAUCCAGCCGACACCAGCGGUCCCCCAGCCUGCCAUGGUCGUCACCAGCCCGGCCCCAGGCAUCAAGCCAUCGGCUUCGGCUCCCAUUCCCAUCACCUGCUCAGAGACCCCCACUGUCAGUCAGUUGGUAUCAAAGCCUCACACCCCAAGCCUGGAUGAGGACGGGAUCAACUUAGAGGAGAUCCGGGAGUUUGCCAAGAAUUUUAAGAUCCGGCGGCUCUCCCUAGGUCUUACACAGACCCAGGUGGGCCAGGCUUUGACUGCCACAGAAGGUCCAGCCUACAGCCAGUCGGCCAUCUGCCGGUUUGAGAAGUUGGACAUCACACCCAAGAGUGCCCAGAAACUGAAGCCAGUUCUGGAGAAGUGGUUGAAUGAGGCCGAGCUCCGGAACCAGGAAGGCCAGCAGAACCUGAUGGAGUUUGUGGGCGGUGAGCCCUCCAAGAAGCGCAAGCGGCGUACCUCCUUCACACCGCAGGCCAUAGAGGCUCUCAACGCCUACUUUGAGAAGAACCCCCUGCCCACCGGCCAGGAGAUCACCGAGAUCGCCAAGGAGCUCAACUAUGACCGUGAGGUGGUACGGGUCUGGUUCUGUAAUCGGCGCCAGACGCUCAAAAACACCAGCAAGCUGAACGUCUUUCAGAUCCCUUAGGGCUUCGUCUCGGCCCUUGUUCCAGCACCUUCUACUCUCCCUUCAGCUGCCGGCUGUCGUGGCUGCAGUGACAGUCCCUGUGUGCAGCUGUGUGCAGCUGUGCGCAGCUGUGUGCAGCUGUGCUUGCCCUGGGUCAUGAGACCUCACCUGUGCAUGUGUGUCAAUGCCUGCCUCUUCCGCCCACAUAUGUCACACCCUGGGGAGGCCCAAGGGGCUGCAUGAGAGACCUCGGCUCUGGGCUGGGCACAUGGAAGGAGGGGAUUUGUGAUGUCCUUUCGAAAAGCACUUUGCCAACAUGGUAUUCUGAAGGGUGAAUUCUGGUUGGGAACCAGAAAGGCUCUGCCUUUGGGACAGGGCUGUAGCGACUCUUGGGGACCACUGUGCAUUAGCUCUUGUUUUGGGUGGCACUCACCACCCCUUGCCCUUGGCUCCUCUGUGGUUGUCCCAGUGUGAUAGCUCACCCAGGGAGAUCCCAGCCUCACACUGCCCUCCUGUACUUUGUACACGGGCGCAUUGAACCCUUUAAAGGACCAAGGAUAUGAAAUUCAGAGAUGUGUGACUCACUGUCUGCCUUGACCUCAAGGGCAGAAGGUCCCCGAAGCUGUGAGGUCAGGUGCCGCGAGGUCCCUCCCAGGGUCCUGGGGAUGGCGGGUUUGCACGAAGCAGAACCUUUUCCUCUGCAAGCCAAGUUGGAAGGGAGGUAACAGCGAACUCUCCCAUCCUGGAGAGUCCUGGGUCUGUUGUAGGUCUGGAAUUUAGUAAAUAAGGCCAUCUGCCCAGGUUUUAAUCUGACCUUCGUCCGUCCGUGGCUGUCCCCCAACAAAAGAGAGCUCUCAGCUUGGGGACAUUUCCACUUCCGCAGGCAGCUGCAGGGGCACAGAUACUGGCUUUCUCCCUCUCCCUUAUGCCCAUGCCCAUCUCAGUCCAGUCCUGAAGUCUCUUUAAAGGAGCAAACUGAACGGUAAGUCAGACAGCAAGGGCCUGGAGUCUGGAGGGGGACAGCAUCCAGAAAGAUGGUGGUCCAGGAAGAUCUCGCCGAGGCCGACUUACCUCUAGUUUCCUCUGUAACUUUAAGUCUUGGAUGUUGGAUUCCUCUCACUCUGUCCGAUUGAAGUCUGUGUGUGAGCAACUCCUAUAUCCUCCCCCCCCCCCCCCCGCAAUGCUCCUGAGCCCAGAGGGCCCCAGGUUGGCAUGGACUUUGGCCCUGUAGGUGAAGGCACACUGAGGCUGGCAUCAUAUCCAAGUCACUGAGUGAGCUUCCGGCCACAGGGAGGCUGGCCAGCCCUCUCACUUCAGUGUGUCGGCCGGGGAAUGCAGCUCAGCGAUAGAGAACUUAGCAUGUGCAAAGGCUCCAGAUUCAGUUUCUAGCACUGAGGGGGCAAAAAUCAGUAUUUGGUUUCAGGAAGCCAGGAAAGAGCUAAGAUGUUUGCCCGAAUGACCCCAGACUUGCCGUGUAGACUGUCCCUGACAGGCAGGGGUUGACCAUUUCACUACUUUUUGGGUUGGUUUGCUGUUUUUUUUUUUGUUUUUUUUUUUUUGUUUGUUUUUGUUUUUUUGAGAUAGGAUCUCACUUAGCCCAGGCUGACUCUAAACUGUGGUUGAGGAUGACCUUGAACUCCUGAUCCUCCUGCCUCCACAUCCCAAGUGCUGGGAUGACAGUCGUGUACCACCGUGCCUGGCUCUUCUCCACUCUCAGCCUUACAGAGCCUGCUCUCCAGCUGAUGCCCACCCUGUACCUCAUGUGAUCUGCUUGAGGAGGUGAUAGUCAAACAAAGACCCUCCCGGUCACAGCGGACGCCGGGGCCUAGCUUCCUCUCUGACACUCCGCUUCCUUUCCUGAUGACUGCUAGUCCCUCUUGGGUCCGGCAGUGGCUGUGUGGAGGACCUCCUGGUAGCUCUGAUAGGGAGAUGGGGAGAGUUGUGUGCUGAAUCAACACACACACACACACACACACACACACACACACACACACACACACACACACUUCACUGCAUCGAAUCAACCAAACCUGCUGGGGUCUGUCGGGAAUAAGGAGACAGGUGGGCAGCUUUCCUGACUCGCCUACCAGGACAGACUGUCCCCAGAGGAAGAAGCUCCGUGUCCUAGAUUGUGUUUGUCAACCUGCUUCCAUGAGAUGGGCAGUCGGAGGGGGCACUGUAUGAGUUUUCAGUGGGGAUGCUUACAUCUGGAGGAAUUAUAUGCAGCUUUUCUUGCUCAAAACCUGCACUCAGGAGUGCUUUUUUUGCGUGUGGGUAGCAUGUAAUAUGAAGUGUGGCCAUGCUGUGGACAUACAAGAGGAUACCAUCUGUUCUGUGGCAUGACAGGAAACAACAACAAAAAAAAUCGCCAAUCACUGAUCUAAAUUGAGCCCGGCUGUGCCAUGCUAGAUUAAACCAUUUUCGCCUGCGUAGGGAAGACACAUUUGUCAUUCAGAAGAAAAGUACGAAUGAGCCCGGAUGUUUACAGGCUGGAUCUCUCAAAGGGGGUGGGGGUGCAAGGUAUGCAUAAAAUGUACCCAAACUAUAGUUCACUUUGGUCUAUGAACUCUGCCUCUGCUCCCCCAAUCUGGGCCACUAAUCUACAAGGCAGUUUUUGUUAUUGUUAGAGGUUGGGUGGCAUUGGGCUCUAAAAAAGAAUUAAUAGUUUUAUUUUGAAAGCACCUUCCAGGACUUAAGCCCGUGCCCAAUGGCUUUUUUUUUCUUCUUUUUUUUGUUUUUUUUUGUUUUUGUUUUGUUUUGCCCUGAAAGAUAGGAGAAUGGGCAGAAACCGGUUAACUGUGUGGUUGGUUAGUUUUAAGUGACGGCAAACUAGGACUUUCCAUGGCCCACUGGAUCCGCUGGGCCCUUUGACCCUGCCCUAACGAUGGCAUUUUAUCGAAGCAAAGUCCAGAGAAGAAACUGGUCACAAGAACUGUAAACGCACUUGAGUUUGGAAUGAGAAACCCUGAUGUGUUUGUGUCCUUGAAAAUCCAGUCACCUGGGUUCCCUCCCUGCCUCCUGGGCCAGAAUCCGGCCUUGAAGUCCCGAUGGUCUCCCAGCAUGGGGCACGGCCCCCUGGAAGCUGUGGAGGAGAACCGGAGAAGCACUUGAGCAGUUGUGUGAAUAAACAGUAUUUUUUCUUUUGUA